AUGACAGCCUUCAUGCAUUGUCAAUCUUGUUUUUGCUUCCCAUCUUCCCAAACAAAGUUUGGUGUGACGAAUUGCGGGCACGUUUUCUGUAGCGAUUGCGCAAAAAAUAGUGAGCGGUUGACUUGUAGUAUCAAAUAUAUUUUUUGUUUUACAGUUUCCCAGACUCAAGGAGUGUGCAAGGAAUGUAAGAAAGAAAAAGUGGAAUUCAAAGCUGUUAACAGCUCCUUACCCGAAUCGGUUUUAAAUACGAUGUGUUUUUUAUUCAUUUAUAACCUGUUGAGAUCAAAUUCGUGUUCACACCUCUGACGGAGACUUUGGGUCGUUUCUCUAAAACUAUUACCACUUCGUUGCGAUUCCAACAGGGGCAUAGAAGUCGGCUUUUCAAACAUUUGUUACACCGAGUAAGCUUUAUGUGUAAAUUUCCUCUUAACUUUUCAGGAAGAACAAUUUGGAAGACUUAAAAGUGCGUAUAUUGAGGAGCAAAAGAAGAAAGAACAAUAUAAGAAGUAAUCAGUUUAGUAAUUUUUCUUCUAAAAAGUUUUUAGUGGUUGCCUCGAAAUGCAAAAGCAAUAUCGUCGGAAAUGUGAGCAGUUCGAUGCUUUGAAAGCCCAUUGCGCCAAACAGCAAGCGCAGAAAAUCCAAAAAAAUACGAUCGAAAAGUAGAAUAACCCUGAUGUUCGUUCUCCAAUUGUUUUUUUUUUUUUGUUUAGUGAUCCAUACAAAACGCCUGCUGUUCCGGUGAAAAAAACGGUUAACUUGGAAGCGCAGCAAGCUAUGUUUCCUCAGAGUUCUUUUUCCACUCCAGUCGGUCAAAAAGUCGAAACCAUAAUGUCGAAGAAAAACUUUGGUAGACCUACAAAAUAAUCUUGAAGGCAUUUUUUCCAAUCAAAAAUAGAUUUUCCUAAUAGUUCACUUGCUUCAAUAUAUAUUUGUUUUCUAUUGUUCAAAAAUGGAAGUUGAGCCGCAUUUCUCGCGGGAAGAACGGUUAUUUAUAUGUUCAAUUUCAAAAGAAACUCUCUCGGAAUUUCUCAUAUCUCGCAUAAUUAUAUGAUACUGUCCUUUUCUAUAUAUCUAAUUGUUAUCUUUCAAAUGUGUCUUAUUUGAGAAAAAAAAAUGCGUUUUCAUCUGAUUUCCUUUUGAAGUUACUUUUAUUCGAGUUUCUUUUUUUUUUUUUGCGGUCUUAUUGUUUGCCAAUAGCUUCAGGUAUGAUAAACAAGAAUUCUGUCAAGUUUUUUUGUGCAAUAAAUAGUUCUAUAUCCCGCUACAGUGAAUCCUUUACAGUACCUCAUCUUUUUUUCCGUACCUAAUUUUCUCGCUUUUCACGUCAUUUGGUUAUAAUGUUUUCUGCCAGAAAUUUAAACUCAAUGUCAAGUCCUUCAAGGAAGCGCUCAAAAAAUGAAGAUCCAGAAAACGAGGAAGAAGCUUCGGCCAACAGCGAUUGUAUGAUGCAGGAACAUGUUUGCUUCUUUGAACCUUUUUCUUUCUAAUAGAAAUUAUUAUAGAAACGGCCUCCGCUCACCAGCAGCCAUAAACUGGUUCGCGAACCGUCCAAAUUCCAUCUUCUGAUCGCCAUUACGGGGAGCAUAGCUACUAUCAAACUCUCUGAAAUCAUCCACAAACUCUACUCAUCUUGUUCGGAAGACAAACUUCUUAUUAAGGUUGUGCUCUUGUAUAACGUCGUUUUCAAGCUUCUUUCAAGGUGAUUGCUACUCAAAACGCUCUGAAGCUCUGGGAGACGCAGGACAUCGAUUUGGACGAGAUGAUCUACGAAGACCGAGACGAAUGGUCGAUGUGGCGGCAACGGAAAGACCCUGUUCUUCAUAUUGGUCAGCUUCAUUUCUGAGCAUCAGUUUCUUUUAUCGCUCUACAUAUUUUUUCGCAUUUUGUGGAACUUUGCCUCAGAAAAAAUGUAAAGAAGAAUUUUGAAAAAAAAAAAGGCGCAAUUUGUAUAUUCAGUUAUGCCUGGCUUGGGAGCAUUGAAGGGAAGGCAUAGAUUUUUAAAUUUUCAAAAAAGUAUUCUGUAAACCAAUUAAACGUUUGACGUCCUGUUUUCAAAAUUUUGGCAUUUUUCAAGUAUUUGUUGAAAAAAAAAACUUUAUAAAAAAAACUUUACUGCAACUCUAUCACCUUCGUAAUAUUAUAAUCGUAACGUUCAUAUUUGGAGCUGAAAAGUUCCAGAACUUCGAAAGUGGGCAGAUGCGUUGCUCAUCGCUCCUCUGGACGCCAAUUCAAUGGCCAAAAUAGCCAACGGGAUCUGCGACAACUUGGUGACGUCUGUGGUGCGUGCUUGGGACCUUCAGAAGCCGUGUUAUUAUGCCCCUGCUAUGAACACUUUCAUGUGGGACAGUCCACUGACUGUUGGCCAUCGGAAUACGCUCAGAAAUGUGCUUCUGUUCAAGGUAAAUUUUUACCAGUUUUUGAGAAAAUCACAUUCUUCGGAGGGCCUUCUGAGUUGAGAAAGAGGUCGAAAAUUGUUUUCUUUCGAAUAACUCUUACUACUUUAGUUUUUUUUAAAUUGAAAUUUGCAAAAUAAUUGGAAAAGUAUCUGGUUGGAAAACAAGCUGAAAGGCAGACACAGCCUUGCUAUUCAAGAAAUGAAGAUUGAAUUCGAAGUAGAAAGAUAAUUAAUUACGAUAAUAUUCAGAUAGAAGUUUUAGUUUUAGAAACUAGUAAGUUUUAGUGCGUACGUGUAGAGAAUAAUGCAUAGGAACUUUUUUUUCCAGGAAAUAGCCCCGAUUUCGAAGGAACUGAUUUGCGGGGACAGUGGCCAAGGUGCGAUGGCCGAUCCGGCGACGAUAGUCGCGCUGGUCUCCGCGUUGGUUCGAGAUCGUCUUGCCGUCAGAACGCAAAUCAUUUGA